CUGGCUGGGGAGGGUGAAGUCGGUGAACUCGAACUCGGAGCCCUGUGUGUCUGCGCCGAGCAGCUCGGCCUCCUCGGUGUCCAGGAAGGAUAAAGCCCGGCCUGAAACAACAUGUACCAGAUCUGCAGCUGGUGGGCUGAAAAGAUGUAGAUGGAGAUUGGAAAACAUCCUUGUCCUGGGAAUACUGUGCAGCAAAAGGAGGGGGAAAAACAAGUCAAGAGAACACAGGAGUCACCGCUUCUGUAGAGAGAGACUGAAUUAAUCUAAUUUUUAAGCCUCUGAGUAGAAUAAACUGUUCAGACCAAAGCGUAACGGGGAGAAAGUGUGAAAUAACAUUUGAGGAUGAAAGUGGAACCGGAGGGAAAAGAAUGUGCAAAGCCAGGUGGCUGCUUGCUGCGAACGCUUUAUUUAUUAAUAAACACAACGUGCUCGAAACGUUUGGCUGCUUGACAGAAUCCUCAAAAGUCUUGGAAAGGGAUCAAAGUUCUGCUGCUCUGCCGGGUUCCUCUCCCUGUCCCUGCCACAACUCAGGGAAUAACGGUGCCUUUAAGGACAAGUGGCGUGGAAAUCUCCCCGGGAAUUGCAGCUCCUGUGGCGGCAGGAGGUGGAUUUGUCCCCUGAGGAUGGCCUUGGGGACACUUGGGUGCUGCUGUCUGAGGUGCUGAAGCCUCAGAUCCCCCACCACAGCCUGGGCCUGGCCAGAAGGAACAGCAGAGGCUGGAAAAGCAGCUGGAAAAACCAAACUGCGUGUUCGUGGUGCUGUGUUUAAACUGGAGGCUGAAAUUGUCUUUACACCAACACAGAGCAGAGGCAUUUGAAUUUCAUGCGCUGGAAGCUCUGGGGGCCACUUUGAAGCUUUUAAGGGUAAAAUGGAGACAACACCCAGGCUACAAAGCUCUCAGACUGUAUUUUUUUUGUGUGUGUGUGUGUGUUUUGUGCAAGUUUUCUCCCUCAAAUCUGGGCUGCUGCAGAGGGAAGGCACUGUGACUCACUGGGCUUGACUGCUGUGCAGCCAAUACGGAAUUUAAAAAGGCAACACUUGGGAAAACUGGCACAAUUCCCUGAAAACGGCGCCGAGUUUCCCAUUUUCCUGCAGAUCAGAAGCUGGAAUUCACAAGACAGAACCAUAAGAAGAGAAGAAAUGUAGGUUUAAUUGUGGAUGUAGAAAUAUUCCCAGAACAAGUCAUGGGGAUGUAACUUCAUGAUGGAAAAAGAGGAGAAGUUUUUGGCAUUUCUGCAGGGAUUUUGAAUGAAGAAAGUUCUUAGAAAUUAAGGAUGCUGUUUUCUUCCCUAUUUAUGGAAUUUGAGCCAUGGCAAGGCUGGGCCACCAGCACAGGGACACAGGGACUGGCACCUUGGGACAAGGACAGUUCCCUCAAGUAAGGUUGGGCUUCCAAGUGUCAUUUUUAUUAGGAUUUAUUAGGAUUUAUUGGGAUUUUUUGGGAUUCCAGGAUCCUGUGAAAGCCUGGAAUUGCAAUGCACGUUUUCCAUCUAUAAUGUGAGUUCAGAAAAAUCUGCUCCUUGAAUCCAUGGGGAAUAAGAACAGAAGGAAUGGGCUUAAGUUGUAUCCCUUAAAACAGUGGGAAUUUUGCCUUGGAUGCUGCAUGGAUCCCCCUGACUGGAAUUAUUUAAAACCAGGGAAGAGAAACCUUUGGAAGGAGCAACUGAGCCCAAAUUGUGAGGAGCAGCCAGGAAUGACGUCCACCCCUCGUCCCAGCAUCCGAGGGAGAACUCCAGGGGAAGGAAUGUGGCUUCAUAAAUAGCAAACCACGAAUGGGGAGCAGAGGCAAAGCUGCAGGUUCAGAUCUCCCUGCAGGAGCAGCUGCUGCACCCACCCUGCCCCGAAAUUCCGAGAUGAUUCCAGCUCUGGUUGUGUUUUUCCUCCUCUCCUGUCCCCUCUCCUUGUGUCAGCAGAGAAGAAUAGAUCCCAGCCGGCCACUCCAAAGUGCCGCCACCCGCAAAGAGCCCGCCUUCAGCAGGAAUCCAGGGAAUGCCUUGGGAACAGGAGGAGAAGUUGGGCCAGAAAUGCUGCAGGAGAUGAGGGAAACCAAUCGUGUGCUGCUGGAAGUUCGGGAUUUGUUGAAGCAGCAGAUCAAGGAGAUAACAUUCCUGAAGAACACGGUCAUGGAGUGCGAUGCCUGCGGGAUGCGGCCAGAGGUGACAGGUCCUGUCGUCACCAUGACCCAGUUCAACCGGUGCCUCCCCAAUCCCUGCUUCCCCGGAGUUCCCUGCACCGAGACCGGCGCCGGCUUCCGCUGCGGGCCCUGUCCCCCCGGGUAUUCCGGGAACGGCACCCACUGCACCGACAUCAACGAGUGCAAUGCCAACCCCUGCUUCCCGAAAGUCCAGUGCAUUAACACCAACCCCGGCUUCCGCUGCGACCCCUGCCCGCCCGGCUUCACUGGGCAGCUGCUGGAAGGGGUGGGAAUGGCCUAUGCCAGGGCCAACAAACAGGUGUGCACCGACAUCAACGAGUGUGAGACCGGAGCUGCCAGGAACUGUGUCCCAAACUCCAUCUGCAUCAACACCCGGGGAUCCUACAAGUGCGGGGCCUGUAAGCCGGGCUUUGUGGGGGAUCAGCUGAGCGGCUGCAGGAGCCAGACGGCGCCGGGGACACGGCGCUGCCCCAACGGCGAGAUCAGCCCGUGCCACGAGAAAGCCGAGUGCAUCGUGGAGAGGGACGGCUCCCUGUCCUGCCAGUGCCUCGUGGGGUGGGCAGGGAACGGUUACGUGUGCGGGAAGGACACGGACAUCGACGGAAUCCCCGACGAGAAGCAGCGCUGCUCCGACAGGAGAUGCCGCAAGGAUAACUGCAUGACCGUCCCCAACUCCGGCCAGGAGGAUGCGGACAGGGACGGGAUCGGAGACGCCUGCGACGACGAUGCAGACGGAGACGGGAUCCCGAACGCUGAGGACAACUGCGUGUACACGAGGAACACGGACCAGCGCAACGCCGACAAGGACAACUUUGGGGACGCGUGUGACAACUGCCGGCAGGUGAAGAACAACGACCAGAAGGACAUCGAUGGCGACGGGAAGGGCGACGAGUGUGACGAUGACAUGGAUGGGGACGGGAUCAAAAACCCCAUGGACAACUGCAGGAGAGUGCCCAACCCUGACCAGAGGGACAGGGACGGGGACGGCGUGGGGGACGCCUGUGACAGCUGCCCCACCCUCAGCAACCCCGACCAGAAAGACACCGACCACGAUCUGGUGGGAGAUGUCUGUGACACCAACCAGGACAGCGACGGGGACGGGCACCAGGAUUCCCAGGAUAACUGCCCCACAGUGCCCAACAGCUCCCAGCUGGACACGGACAACGACGGGCUGGGGGACGAGUGUGACGACGACGACGACGACGACGGGAUCCCGGAUCUGAGGCCCCCCGGCCCCGACAACUGCAGGCUGGUCCCCAACCCUGGCCAGGAGGACUCCGAUGGGGACGGCGUGGGGAACCUGUGUGAGGACGACUUCGACAGGGACAUGGUGAUCGACAGGAUCGAUGUCUGCCCCGAGAACGCCGAGGUGACGCUCACCGACUUCAGGGCCUUCCAGACCGUGGUGCUGGACCCCGAGGGGGACGCUCAGAUCGACCCCAACUGGAUCGUCCUCAACCAGGGCAUGGAGAUUGUCCAGACCAUGAACAGCGAUCCUGGCCUGGCAGUAGGGUACACAGCCUUUAACGGGGUGGACUUCGAGGGCACCUUCCACGUCAACACGGCCACGGACGACGACUACGCCGGGUUCAUAUUCGGGUACCAGGACAGCUCCAGCUUCUACGUGGUCAUGUGGAAGCAGAUGGAGCAGACCUACUGGCAGGCAAACCCCUUCCGGGCAGUGGCAGAGCCUGGAAUUCAGCUGAAGGCAGUGAAAUCCAAAACCGGCCCUGGGGAGUACCUCCGGAAUUCCCUGUGGCACACGGGAGACACCACGGACCAGGUGAAGCUGCUCUGGAAAGACCCCCGGAAUUCCGGCUGGAAGGACAAGACCUCCUACCGCUGGUUCCUGCAGCACCGGCCCCAGGUCGGCUACAUCAGGGCUCGGUUCUACGAAGGCCCUGAGGUCGUGGCAGACACCGGAGUUGUCCUGGACACGACCAUGAGAGGGGGACGCCUCGGGGUCUUCUGCUUCUCCCAGGAGAACAUCAUCUGGUCCAACCUCCGUUACCGCUGCAACGACACCAUCCCAGAGGACUACGAGACGUUCCGGGUCCAGCAGGACUAAUCCCCGUGGAGUGUCCCUCCAGCCCAACCUGCUUCCCAAACCGUGCUCGCUGCUGCUCUGGAAUCCUGCCCCAAGAACUGUCAGCACCUCCCACUGCGCCCUCACAGCCUCCAGCUCCUCUUCCCCA